CCCAUGUGGGAGCGGCUGAGCACAUUCGCUUCGUCUGACCGGGACGAGGUUCCUUUCCAUCAAUACAUCGACUUUCUUCGCGUAAUAUAAUCUUCUGAAAAGGAGUCCGUUACACGAUUUUGAGGGAAAAGGUCUGUUUUUAACUGAAGCAGUUUAUGUCAAGGCUUUGACAAGGUCCGGUCUUCGCAGGCAUGCUGGGACAAUCAGCAAAGGCCCAGAACAAAUGGGCAGCCGUCCGGGGCCACCUCGGCUCCUCCCAGGACACGGAGCAGCCAGAGGCCAACCUGGAGAAUGCAGAUGCGGAACUCUGCAUCCGCCUGCUGCAGGUGCCCACCGUGGUCAACUACUCAGGCCUGAAGAAGCGUUUGGAAGGCAGCGACCAGGCCUGGAUGGUGCAGUUCUUGGAGCUCAGCGGCCUGGACCUGCUGCUGGAGGCUCUGGACCGGCUGUCGGGCCGCGGUUGCUCGCGGAUCGCUGAUGCGCUGCUGCAGCUCACCUGCGUCAGCUGUGUGCGCGCAGUCAUGAAUUCUUCCGCCGGCAUCAACUUCAUUGUGGACAACGAGGGUUACGUGCGUAAGCUGUCUCAAGCUUUGGACACCUCCAACACCAUGGUGAAGAAACAGGUGUUUGAGCUGCUAGCCGCCCUCAGUGUGUAUUCAGUGGACGGGUACAACCUGGCAUUGGAUGCUUUGGACCACUACAGGAGCGUGAAGACCCAACAGUACCGCUUUAGCAUGAUCAUGAGCGAGCUGCAGGGCACGGACAACGUCCCGUACAUGGUCACUCUGCUCAGCUUCGUCAACGCCCUCAUCCUGGGGGUCGAGGACCUGCGCAAGAGGGACAAACUGCGCAAGGAGUUCAUCGGGUUACAGUUGCUGGACAUACUGCCUAAAUUAAGGUGA